CAUUUCCAGCCACGCCACCCACGGUCACACUGACAGCCGCCAUAUUUUCUGCGGCGAGCGUAUUUUCUCGGAACAGCGUUUAUUCUUUGGCGCAAAUCGCAUCCAGAGCAUUUUCCGCAGCCCCCAAUUAGCGAAUUUCCAGCGCUUCCAGGUAAACCAGUCGCCGAGCCGCCGGAAAAACGGGCACUCCAGUCCGUCCCCAGCGGUAAAAGACCUCAAAGGGGGAAAGCGCGGCGCUGACGUCGGCAGAGGUAGAGGCAGCGCAGCAGCGCUCCUGCUCGCACUCACACUACUCAAACAUAGAAACGCCAAGGAACGAGUUGCCCGCACCGGCGUAAGGCGUACCCAUGGUCCUUGACAUGGAAUCGGACGAUUCUCGUGCCAGUUCCCAGUCCAAUUCCUCGGAGUCGCGGUCGAAUUCGCCCACCAACGACAAGGAGGAGGUUGCUCCGGAGCAGGGUGACGAAUCGAUUGGCGGAGGCGGUGGCGGUGGCCCCAAUCAGGAUCGAUCCGCUAGAGCACCCUCCACCAGCAGCUCAUCGUCCAACUCCAGUUCCAGUUCGAGUCGCAGUGACCUGUCCAAGAAGCAGAAGAAGAGCUCAAGCAGCAGCAGCGGCAGUGGCAGCGGCAGUAGCUCUUCCAGCGGCUCCUCCAGCGAUGAGGAGGGCGACCAGGAGCCGGUACAGGAGCAGCAGCGUCUUGCCCAGCAGCAACAUGAGCAACAGCAACAGCAGCUACAAAAUGAGCGUGAAUCCAAUGAAGCAGAAUCCGAGUCGGCUGCUGUAACGCCUGUGGAAGCGGAGCAUCCUGGUUCGCCCAGCGCCAAGUCACAGCCCAGCUCGUUUCUCUCAUCCGUUCGCAGUCGGAGCAACAGUCCCCAGCUGUACAAUCAGGCUGCCGUGGAUCUGAACAUCAGUCACGAGGACCUUAGCGAUGUAAGCGACCUCGAGGGCGAGGAGAAGCGAGCUCCCUCCAAGAAUUCGCUGCAUCCGGCGGAUGAGAUUGAGGAUGACGCUAUAUCCAAUGAUUCACUGCCCACUCUCGGCGAGGAGGAUGAUGUAGAGCAGAAACAGUCGAAGCAGAACGGCAAGGCGUCAAGCGGGGAUGAGAUAAAGACUACCGCAAAAGAAACCCAUUCCGACGAUGCGUCCAAUGGGCACCAGCGAGCACCAGCGCCUGCUUUGGAGGAGGACUUGGUCAAGACGCACGACGACGACGCCCUGGACUUCGAGGCGGAGGAGGGCGAGUGCCCGGAGCAGGCAAAGGAGCCACCACCGAUGGAAAGCAAAGCCAACGAAUCAAACCAGGCCAAAAGUACGGCCAAGGUGUCGCAAGACGAGGAUGAUGAUGACGGCGAGGUGGACUGCGAUGAGGAAGAAGGCGAUGACAAUGACAAACGCAAGGACGGCGCAGGCAAUGGCAGCUUGGAGGACGGCGAGGAGGCAAAGGGUAAAGCGUCGGUGUCAACUUCACCCAGCCAGGAUAAAGAGGACGAUGAAGAGCUGGAGGAGGGCGAGGUAUCCGACGAGGAUGAGAAGCGACCGGAGGAGACUGAACCGAAGCCGGUGUGUCGCUUCUACACACGCGGCCAAUGCACUUGGGGCAUGAGCUGCCGCUUCCUGCAUCCCGGCGUAACGGACAAGGGCAACUACACGAUGUUCGAGAGCCUGGUGCGUUCGGUGCCGAUGCAGGGAGGUUCGGCUGGAGCUAGCGCCCCAGCAGCGGCAUCAUCGAGCGCUGCGGCUCGUGCCGGAGGCAGUGCCUAUAGCUCGCACGCCUCGGCGUCUGCCGACUAUCAUGACUACCGGAAUGAGCGCCCACCGCUGCAUCACCGACCGGCGCUACUCCAUGCGCCCAGUAUUUAUGGUGCCCACGUCCACGACGCCCGCACCCUGCUGCCUGACGGAGCGCCGGUGGUGGUGGAGAAUGCCUGGGAGCGUGGACUGCGCACCGCCAAGGAGAUGAUGCGCAAGGCCAACAAACGCAAGGAGCAGGACAUGGACUUUGAGGACAAGAAGAUGAACCUAACACUGUCGCCCGAUGAAAUGGAGAAGGACUCUUACUACCUCAAGGAUCGCGGUGGCAGCAGCGCCCGAUCACCGCCGCCGCCUUCGGCCUCUGUGCGGGAACAGCCACUCAAUCCACUCAGUAUGCCUAUGUCCAUGCAUCCGCAUGCCGUUCCCCAUGCCAAUCCUCGUGCUCUCCUGCCCUUGCAGUACUCCGUUUACGGACCGCCGCCCGAUCGCUACGGCCGGUCGCAGUAUAUGCCACCGCAAUACGAGGAUGUGGAUGCAUACGGCCGCAUGGCUAGAUAUCGCGAGUUGCCGCCCCAUCGGAUGCCGCACUACGAGGACGAUCGGCGAUCGAGGCCAACGCGCGAGGUCAUCGUACAGCGGGUAGAGGCCGCCGGACGGGGUGAUGAGUGGAGUGAUCCCUGGAUGCGAUCCAAGUCGAUUGACCGGGGGUCAUACGAUCGCGAAGAGCGACGGCGUCGGGACAGGCGCAGCUACAGCAGCAACUCGUCGUAUUCCACCUCAAACAGCUCGCAGAGUGACUCCAGUUCGGACUCGUCGCGUUCGAGCAGUCCGUCAGAUCAUAAGCGGCGCUACGGUGGCAGUUCGCACAAGCUAGCCACCGGUGCCGCCACCACACGCCGACAUGGCGGUCGUGCGGCCCGUUCGCCCAGCCAGAUACCGCGACGACCACGGCACACUUCCAAGGGAAGCCUCUCGCCUUCGUACAAGAGACCCGCGCUGGACAAGCGUGGCGUUGGCCACAGUCCGGCCUCCAAGCGCAAGAAGCUGUCAUCGCCAGCACCCAAAAAGUUUGACAAGUUGAGACGCCGGCGCAGUUCGAGCACUUCCGACUCAGACUCAUCGGAUACCUCGUACUCCGAAUCGGAUUCGGGUUCAUCGUCGUCGGACAGCUCGUCGGGAUCGAGAGAUACGCCCCAGAAGCGAGUGAGGGCCACCGACAAGGCGCUCAACGAGCGCAAGCUUAUUAAGAAGCCCGCUGAACAAGCAACCAAGAAGCGUUCGCCUAUUUCCAUUGAGAUUAAGAAAACGUCAAACAUGGUGGGUGUUUCGGCGUUGGCCUCACCCAACAACUCAGCCGACUCCGACAAGGAGAAGGAACACGGUAAUGGCAAGGAUAAGGAGAAGGAUCACGUUAAGGACAAGGACAAGGAUGGCGGCAAGGAGAAGGACAAGGAUAAGGACGGCGGCAAGGACAAGGACGGCAAAAAGUCGCGACGGGAGGAGCUGCUGAAGCAACUGCGCGCCGUCGAGGAUGCGAUCGCCAAGAAGCGUUCCAAGCUAAACUGAUUAAGCUGUAUGCUCUCGUUCUCCCUUCUUGUAAUUGUCGAACCACUUGCUCCCUUCCACCUCCUCCUGCUCCUCCUCCUCCUCCUGCUCCCUGGCGUACAGCACCUCCCGAAAGCACCCACCCACAACACUGAACACGGGCCGAUGGAUCUCUUGGAUCGGCAUCAAAAAAUACUUAGAGGUUACGCAACAUUCGCAUCGUAUUCGAUAUUGCCUUCGCCUGCCUGCAGCCGCUCGAUCGUAAUACAAUUCAAUGCAUUUAGGUUUAAACAUCAUUGUCCUUUUUUUUCCUACCCUGACUAUGGCCAACUCUGGAGCAUAAAUACUAUGUUUAUAAUAGAAUAUAAAUAAAUGCCAAUACUAAAAACGAAA